AAAUUAGUAAAUGAUAACAACACUAAAAAUGUGAUGAAACCUAUAGAAAAAAAAGAUACUGAUAAUUCAUCAAGUGAUUCUGAAUAUUCAGAUGAAAUUAAACAUAAUACUUUCUCAAAAACUCACAAUAUAUUUACUACAUCACCAUUAUUUCAAGGUAAGGGAAGAGAUUCCAAAGAUGAACAAGACAACUCUUCCAUGAAAUAUUUAUCUUUGAUUGAAUCCACGAAUGAAGAAAAUGCUAAAAAUGAUCAUAAGAAAAAGGAAAAAGAGGAUAAUGAUAAUUCUUCAUGUGAUUCAGAAUCUUCAUAUGAAACAAAACUUAUUCAUACAUUGGACAAUAGAACACACAUAAAUGGUCCAUUAUUUAGCUCAACUCCUAAUUCUGAUCAUACUAUUAAUAAUAUUGGCUUAGGCAGAAACAAACUACAAGAACAACUACGUAAACAUUUAGCCAAGAAUAAAAUUACUAAACAAAAGUCUUUUGAUUCUGUUAAAUCACCUAGUAAGUUGAUUAAGGAUAAUCAUUCUCAAUAUAAUAAUAUUACGAAAGACAUUAAAAUUGAUGAAAAUGAAUCCAAUAUAACUGCUACAUUGGUUGAUAAUAAUCAAAAUAUAGAUAUUAUGGAUAAUAUGAAGUUACAAAAUAAUAUGCAAAGUGAUUCUGUUAUUAAUAGCAAUAAUUUAAAAAAAAAGAAAUUUUCAAUUAAUAACUCUAUUAAAUGUUCACCUAUAAAAUUAAAAAAAUCAACAAAAAAAAAUCAAAAUUCUAACGUGUCAGUUGGUACAAUUUUAAAUUAUUUUAGUCCAGAUAAAGAUAAAUGUACAACUAAUGUUACAAAGAAUAACUUGUCUAUUGAUUGUAACGCUGAUCAUGUGAAAAAUAAUGAGGUAAAAAAUACUAUGUACAAGCAAGAAAAACACGAUUCAAUUAGUCCGGGUAAUACUGACCCAGAUAAACUUAAUAAUUUCAAAAGCCCAUGUAAACCAAUAGUUAAAUUUUUGUCUAAAAUGACAUUAAAUACUAAAAAUUUUUCUCCUAAAAAUAAAGAUAUAAUAGUAGAUAGUAAAAACAAAAUUGAAAAUAAAUUACUUCAAAACAAAUCAAAUAUUAAAUUAUCAUUGAUAUCCGAUUCAGAAUGUAGUAAUAGUGAUAUUGAAGAUGAUGUACGAUCAAUAAUAGAUUUUGAACAUGAAACUAAUUGUAAUAAGCAAAUUCAAAAUAAAAAAGUAGAUAAUAUACCUGUUUUAACAAAAAGCAACAGAAGUAUACAAUAUGCAAGCAGUUCUGAUGAUGAAAUUUACACUAAACUUCGACAAAAUAUAUCUAAAAUAGAAAAUAAAACAAUAACAUGCGAACAAAUAAAAAAUCAACCAUUUCAUGAAAUGUAUUCUAGUGAUGAUACAUCUGUAUCAUCUUCAAAAUCGCUCCAAUUAAAUACAACAAAAAUCAAUUCUAUUAACACAUUUGAAACUCACAGAUGUAACAUAAUUAAUAACAAAUUUUUAAAUGAAAAACAAAAUAAAGUAUCAAUGGUAAAUGAAGAGUCUACAAAUCUUCAAUCAUCAAAAUGUACUAAUGAUAAAAGUAAAUUAUUACCAAAUAUUAGUUGUGAAAAAAAUAAUAAAAUUGAUUUGAUCAAACGCAUUUUAAAUGAAGGCUCUAGUAGCAAUGAUGAAAUCAAUAGUAAACCUCUUCAAAUUAUUACUAAUGAAAUUGAAAAACCAAAUAUAAAUGAUACUAGACAAAUAUCAACUUCAAAUGUUUUAAAAUUAAAUGAGAAUACUAAAACAGAAUUAAAUAAAGAUAUUGUAAAUCCUUUUAUUGAAUCCCAUACACAAAAUAUAAGCUCAAUUUCAGUAGAUGAUGCAUCCAAUUUUAAGUCAACAAAGGAUAAAACAAAAACAUAUAAACCAAUUAAAAAUCAACAAUUUCAUGAAUUGCAUUCUAGUGAUGAUGAAAGUGUUUCUUCAUUUAAACUUCAUGGUACAUCUUUAAAAACGCUUCAGUCAAAUACAUUAAAAGUCAAUUAUGUUAAUGAGAUCAAUACUGAGAACUGUAACAUAAUGAGUGACAAACUUUUAAACAAAAAUUCAUUAAAAAAACAAUAUAAAACACUACCGGUUAAUGAAGAGUCUACAAUUCUCCAAUCACCAAAAUUCAGUGAUGAUAAAAGUAAAUUAUUAUCAAAUAUAAUGAAUUGUGAAAAUAAUAGUAAAAUUGAUUUGAUUAAAAAAAUUUUAGAAGAUUCUAGUAGUGAUAAUGAUAUUAAUUUAAAACCUUCUCAAAUUAAAAUUCCAGAUAAAAGUGAAAUAAAUAAAAGUUGUUCUAACCAAAUGCCAACUUCAAGUGUCUUAAAAUUAAAUGACAAUACUAAGGUCUUAAAUGAAAACAUUGUUAAUCCAUUUAUUAAAUUUUAUACAAAAAAUACAAGCUCAAGUUCAGAAGAAGAUGGAUCCAUUAUUAAGUUGACAAAAUCAAAAAAAAAUUAUUCUUCAAAAAAAAAGAUUGUACCAUCAGUAAAACAAGAAGAGGACCAUAAAAAUGUUUUAAUUAAUCAAUUAUUGAGUUCAAUAAAACAUAAAGAAAAAAAGCCCAAAAAGAAAUUCUUUUCUGAACAAAUUAAUUGUAAUGCUUCUUUGUGUAGAAAACCUGCCAAAAGUAAGGAAUCAAAAGAAGAUGAAUUAAAAGUUAAAACUAAAAGUAAAAAAGAUGUUUUAAAAAAAGUAAUAACCCCUGUUGGAGAAUCAAAAUCAAAUAAAUUGACUCUAGAUAAUACCCCAAAUAAUAUUAUGUUACCUUCAAAAAUAUACAUUUCUUCCAAUGAUGGUACUGAUGACGAAAUUGAUUUGAUAAAAAAAAUGAUGAAAAGUCGAAAAUUAAAAAUAAAAAAUGAUAGAUCAGAGUCAAUUUUUUCAAAUAAUAUACUUACAAAACCAGAUAAGAUAAAUGCAACUUCAGAAAAAACAAAUAGAAAUUUUAAAUCUUGUAAGACACCAACAAUUUUAACAAAUGAAUUAAUCAGUAACAAUACAAAACUAAAGAAAAAGAGACCCAUAGAGAGCAAAGAUCUACUUUUAAACAGUAUAUUAAAUUCCUUAGGAAGUUCUUCAGAUCAUUAUCCUCCAACUAAAAAGAAAAAAAAAAAUGAAAUAAUUCAAUUAACUGAUGAAUUUAAAGAUGAUUAUUCUGAAAAAAGCUUAUCAAAGUCUAAAAAAAAGAAAAAAGAUCAUAAUUUAGUUAUUGAAAUAAAUGAAAAGAACUCUGGUCAACUUUUGUCUAUGUCCAAAAAGAAGAAGAAAAAUCUUGAUUUAGUUUUUGAAGUAAAUGAUAAAACAAAAAAUAAAAUCUCCAAUGAAAGUAUAGCAAAGUCUAAAACAAAGAAAAAAAAUCAUAAUUUAGUUAUUGAAAUAAAUGAUGAAUUUAAAGAAAAGAACUCUGGUCAACAUUUGUCUAUGUCCAAGAAGAAGAAAAAUCAUGAUUUAGUUUUCGAAGUAAAUGAUAAAACAAAAAAUAAAAUCUCCAAUGAAAGUAUAGCAAAGUCUAAAUCAAAGAAAAAAGAUCAUAACUUAGCUAUUGAAAUAAAUGAUACAUUAAAAGAUAAAAUCUCUGAUCCAAGUUUAGCCAAGUUCAAGAAGAAGAAAAAAAACCACUCUUUAGUUAUUGAAACAAACGAUGAAUCAAAAGAUAAAACCUCUGAUCAAAAAGCAUCCAAGUCUAAGAAAAGAAAAAAAAAUCAAAACUUGGUUAUUGAUACGAAUGAUGAAUUAAUUGAUAAAAACGUAUUUGAAUUGAAAAAAAAGAAAAAGGAGAAAACCAAAAAUAGUAAUUAUGAUAUACUUGUAAAAGAAAAUAAAAGUCAAUGUUAUGAUUCCCCUGCUAUAUCCCACAAUGAAUUAAUAAGAGAAGAAAAUUUACCUAUAGAUGUAACAAAAAAGAAAAAAAAAAAGAAGGAAGUUAAAAAAGAUUCAUUACUAUCUGAUACUCAGAAUCCUUCAAUUACUGACAUAUUAAGUACAUUUGAAGUAGAGUUGGAAGAUCGAAAUUUAAAUAGUCAGAAAGAAAAAAAGAAAAAGAAAAAAAAAAAAUUUUGUAAAUGUUAAUAGUUAAAUGUCCCAAUAAUUUUUAUUUAAAUAGGGUAUAAUUGUUUUUAAAGAGAAUCAAGAAUGACAAUGAUUUACUAGAUUUUAUUUGUAUGUACUAUA